GGUGAAUCAAAUAUUUUAUCUUGACUGUCCUUGAUUCUCCCAGAGUCUAAUUAUUGGUUGGAACAGGACAGACGCAAAAUGAAGUUCGUUUCAGUAGUUUUUUUCAUCGUCACAUUUUGUCGAUUUUCAAGUGCUUUUUUACUUGACGGUGUGGAUGACUGUCAAGAUGACCCGACACUGAAAUGCUGGUACUACGAAGACUUUCAGUGCAAGGGGGUCUAUGAGGCGUUUGCCAGAUCACACUGUCCGCUCAGGUGUGGAUACUGUCCAGGAAAAUCAGCACCUUGUGAAGAUAAGAAUCCAGAUUGUGCUGAAUUUGGACAAGACGUGUGCGGAAACUCAAAUUUUCAGGGAUACUUACGGGAAAACUGCCGCAAAUUCUGUGGAUAUUGCACAGUGUCAACUACUUCCCCAACGACAAAGUCACCAGUGACGUCACCAAAGCCAACGACAAGGUCGAUGACAUCAUCUUAUACCAGAGAACCAACAACGCUGCCCACUGGCGCAGAUUGUCGAGACGUCAGGGACGAUUGCCAGAACCAUCUUCACGCAUGUGCUGGAGUCUUCAAAACGUGGGCCAUCAAAAACUGCGUGCGCAGCUGUGGAUACUGCUUAAAUUCUCCCCCAUGUGAGGAUACGGUAGAUUGCGUUCAUUUGCCAUCAACACUCUGUACCGAUCCAGUGUUACAGGACUUUGCAAAAACGUCUUGCAGAAAAUUCUGUAAAUUUUGUAUUACUGACAUGACACAAUCUGUUAACAUGACAACGAAACCCGUUGCCAUGACAACACCAAAAGCGUCAAUAGCGGUAACAACAACAAUGGGAAUAAAGGUUCCAACAAAGGUUGCCUCUACUGCAUCAUCAGCCAAAGAUUUAUCAGGAGCUGGUGUUUUAGGCUAAUUAUCCAUUCUAUAUGGUUUUUUUUUAAUUUGAUAUGUCCAGUCUUUUAAAUAAUCAAAUGAGUGUAAAUAAAUGAGUCUAUGAUUCAUCUUUUACUUGUCAAUAUGGAGAAUGCACUUAUAAGACUAGCCACAGCCAAAGAAAACAUUAAAACACAUUUGUAUUGAUUACCUGUACUUGUCCUUUUUAAAAUACAGGAUUGAGUUGUCAUUAUUAAAGAACAAAACAACUGCAAAAAUAUUUACAUGCAAGAGAAUAAAAAAAAACUUAAUCCAAAAUGUGAAUUUAUUCACUGCCAUUAAACAAACUUGUAACACAAGGGAAACAAAUAUUUUAUUUCUAUUGUAGAACAAACUGUAAUAACCCAUCUAAUGUAGAUGUCCAACAAAAGCAAAAAAGCCCAAUGAUCUAAAUUGUUCACAUGAUCAAUCCAAAACGAAAUUCUUCAACAAUUUAAAAACAUUUGAUAUAAAUCUGCAUUUUGCUGUUUCCAUAUUUUGCAAAUUUUUGCUUUAAGAUAUCAUAAUUUCUUAACUACCUUUAAUCUCUUCAUGACCCCUUUGACUUAAUAAAUACGGUAUAUAAUUCUCAUCUCAAUUGAAAAGUCUACUUUUCUAUCAAUUUUUGAUGUCUCACAUUAAAAGGAAAUUGCUGAUAAUUAUUUAAAUUUUCUUUAGUAAUCAAGCUACAAUAAUCAAUUAGAGUAAUUUUUAUCAUAUGAAUCAAGUUUUGGGGUUUUUUUUCUCAUUCUUCUGUAUGUAUUCUGCAAAAAGGGGCUUUCACUAAUAGAAGCGAUUAAUAUCUUCAUGGUAUUAAAUUAAAUAAUUGCUACUAGUUAUUAGUUGUACAAUACUUUAUAAGAAAACUUCUAAUUAAAGUAAAGAGAGACAUAUAAAAUAAUCAAGUAUGUUGUUUUGAGAGCUGUAAUUGGUGGUAAAGUCAAGUGUUUGAUGCAAAAAUCAAUUCAAUAAGUUAAGGCAACCAUUCUUAUUAUAACCAGACAUCACUUCAUUCUUCAUAAUACACUUCAUGUAUUUCAAUUAGAUAUCUUUACUUUCCAAAUAAUUUUUAUUUCUUAAACUGCAGAUGAAAAUGAAACAGAAAUUUAAAAAAAAAAAGUUAAUUAUUUUUACAAGGAAUUUGUUCAUUUCUUUCAGAUGUCUAAUUCACAAUAUGUUACAGCCAUACCCAUGUAUACACAUAUAAAUAUCAUUUCCUGUAUUAAAAUUACCAUAUACAGUGUAUUACAUGUAUAUACAUGUUUCAAAAAUUUCAAAUUACCAGUAAAAUAAAUAUUCAGAGUACACCAUAGUAAUAUCAUGGUUGUUUUUGGGUGUUUUUUUUAAUAAUGCCAUCAGUUAGAAUCAUAUUAUACUGACCUACAUGCAAAAAAAUGUUUCUUUUAAAUCAAAAUGGAAACACCAGAGUUCCAUAACAUCUACAGACUUUAAUAUGUUUAUCUUUUUAAAUUUCUGACAAAUGAAGACUGCUUUAAGUGAGGGGAAUAGGUGCAAUAUUAGCAACUUCUUUUUUUAUAAUAAUUUAAUCGCCAGUUGACAGGAUUAUGGUACAUGUAGCUUUUAAGAAUGAUGUAGUAAUUUUACUAUUUCAAUUUUUUUUUCUAGAUUUUGACAAAGGAUUCUACUAACAUUAACUGAUAUGACAUUGAGACAAUAUUAUAUAACGUGAAAUGGUAACAAAUGCAUUAUGCUCCACAGUUCGUGCAUGUACUUUCCUAACCAAUUUAAGUUAUAGCAAAGAAAUCUCAUAACAAUUCA